AUGGGUCGGCCCAAACUCUAUAACACUCCAGAAGAACGUCAAGAGGCCAAACGGAUGCACCGACGGACACACUAUGCAAGCCAGGAACAAAGCUGCAAUCAGUGCGAGACUCAAAGUGAAAGUAUCGGGAAAACCAAGAAGCACGAGCUGCCCCAGUCUUCCCCUCAAAAAAAGUUAACAGAGGUCAUUCAUAGUGAUAUCAACCAUCAUAUGAUCGAUCCUUACGACAAUCAGGGCUCACAGCAUGUUCACCUGCCACCAGAAAACAAAGUCCGCCAACAAAAGGGAUCGCUUAUCAAGGUGAUAGAUGCUCUAGUACGCAACCACCUCGAGACUGGUGACUUAGAUGGGCUUCGAGGGACACUAUCUGCGUUAGAGGUGAUUGUCGAGGAGUUGCACGAUACAGAACAGCAUAUAUUAGGACGCGAGGGCAUGAGCCCAAAAUUUCUUAAGGCAUCUGAUGCAUCCAAGGAGGCAAAGGAAGUGAUUCGUGCUGUGGAAGAUGUUUUUUGUUGCGCAUUGGUGUCGGGGAUGGAUCUUCACCAGCGAUAUGCAGACAAAAAAUUUAUAUUCCAGACGCUCUGGGACACUAAGCUAAACUUCUUCGAGAGUUUGCUAAUUAAUUUCCCCCCUCACACGCAUAUAAGCGCCAUAACGAUUAUGGCUCCCCGGAAAUGGACUUCUCCUGAACAGGAUGAAUGGUUAGCUCCUUGGUACGACAAGUACCGCGCAAAGCAAACUGAAAAAAAUAAAAACUGGCCGAACUUUUUCGCCGACUUGAACGAGACGUGGUUCAUUGCAUACCCAGAGCAAAGGCCGGCUAGUUUACCCCCUGUUGGACCAUUGACCCAAGAUGAGAUGCUUGUGAUGCAUAAGGCUUGUGAUGAGCGAAAAGAGAAAUUAAGAAACCGCUUCAAAAAUAGUCUUGGUACAACGAAAGCAGGACGGCAAGCAAAGGCCGAUGCUACAGAUGUCUUCAAAGUCGUAUUGCGGAGUGUCGCCGAAUCCGAGAAGCCAACACGUUCCCUUCAGGAAGUGGAGGCAUAUUCCAAGCUCUAUUACCAUACGCGUAUCAAGGCAACAGCUGACGAAGUACUGAAAGCUGAAGCAGAAUUACUGCAAGCAGAAAACAAGACACUUACGAAUGGAAAGCGUAUCGCCAUCGUGAAGCAGCACACAGCAAGCCUCUAUAGCGGAGAGACUGAUGAGGUUAAGGCGGAGGUACAGAGAUACAUCGAGAAUCAGAAGACUCGGACGCAGAAGGACAAUGAGGCGGGAACGUGGAGCGAAGAUGAUUAUGCAAGAAAUAUAGAAAAACUUGCCGCUAUUGCUAACAAGUUCCUCAAGGGGCUAGCGGAAGCCACUGGGUUCACAUUCUCCCUCCUGGCGGGUGGCCCUUCUCCAGAGUCCAGCGGCUCAAUUGACGUCUAUAGGCAUGUGCAUUAUUUCCACGUGGGUCACACCAAGUUCGGAAAUGACUUCAGCAAGGCAUACCCUGAGUUUGAAACAGGUAUCAUGUCUCCAUUCAGAGACCAUCUGUAUCGAGUAUAUCCCGAUCUGGUGGAUUCAAGGGCACACCUAGGGAGUCCCGCGUCAUUGAACGAGGGUCCCACAUCGUUGAACGAGCUUGAGGGUCCCGCAUCGUUGAACGAGAGUCCUGUGUUGUUGUGGAAUGAGAUUGAGAUAGGAAGGGGUCUGGAGGAUGUGUCCCAACGACGAUCGGAUAUAUCAUCUGAUGGCAAUCACUCGGCAUUAAGCGGAAUGAAGGAUGCUGACAAAUCAGGUCAGACUUUUUCCAAUACGUCCGGCAGUACUACUAGUGGUCCAGACACCAACCUGCCGUUUGAUUCAGCUCAACAGAGCUCACUUGAUUUUUCUGAAAACUUGACUGGCGAUUGGAAUCUCGACGACACUUUUUGGACCGAUCUUGCUGCCAAGGUCGCAGCAUUUGAGGUGUCAGGUGGUGACAAUCCGGCCUUGCCGCACUUGCCUCCUUACCCACAUGCAGAGUCUACAUCUUCCCCAACCCCACAAUCACCCGAUGUUCCAGCGCCGCUGCCGCAUAUCCCGCACACCAUAUGUCACACAUCCCCUGCUACCUCAUCCCAUAUGGUCCCUGCAUCUCCAGAGGUUCCAGUACAGGCUGCGCAGUUCCCACUCCCUGCAUCUCCAGAGGUUCCAGUACAGGCUGCGCAGUUCCCGCACCAUGAUUCUCAGCCAGCGAGUCCUAUGGAGCCACGAUUACAGCCCUCACCCCCUCCCAUUUCCACUUUACCUGGACUCCCUUCCAACACACCAGUCAUCGCCAAGACAACAACGCAACCCUUACCGCACCAGUCAAAUGCGCUGUCUACCAGUGGUGUUGAACCCUCCCCUGAUGGCAACGAACAUUGUCAUCGCCGUAGGACUGGUCGGGUGUCCAUUCCCUCCAAGCGCAAUGCUGCCGCUAAUAGCAUUGGCGAAAAUGCACUGACUGUUUCCGGGAAGCAUGCCACGGCACGGGAACCUAGAAACAAAAGCGUAAUUAGCUAUUGA